CUAUUUCAUUCCAACUCAUCGAGAGACAACCAUUAGAGAUAGUCUUAUUUCUUGAGGCCUCUUAAGAUAUCCAACUCAGCAUUCUCAAAAAUACUCUCCCUAAUGGACACGUCAUCCACUAGUUUCUCAGAAUAAAACGAUGCCAAGAUAAGCAUUAAAAAUACACCUUAACAGUUAUAAUGGACCAACUACUAAUAAAACCCCUUGGCCCAAAAGAAGUAUAGAUCGAAGAGCUAUUGGAGAGAGAGGAGCAUGACCAAUCUUUAGAUUUUGGUGGCCCUAAAGCAUAGUUAAAUAAUGUGAACUUUUAUAAAAACAUAAGCCUAAAAAAUUGUCAUUACAUAUUGUACCUUCAAUUCAGUUUUGUUUGGAAGAGUGAAAAAUAUUGUAAUACCUAUGUUUUGGCUGCCUUAUCAGCGGGCUGGAGAGAGGAGCCACGAGUCUUUGUAUCUGUAAGUGUAUGUGAAAGAAAAGAAAAAUGAAGUUGAAGAUAAGAAGAAGAUUUCACGUAAAUAAUUAGUUUUAGAAAGUUGGAUAUGAGGAAGUAAUCUUAUUUACUAUUUAGUUUUAGGAAUUAAUUUAAGUUUCCUUUUAUUAUUUAAAGAGAUUAGGAAUUGCUUUUCUCAAUUAUGUUAAACUAUGUAAUCUCUCUAAAGAGCUAACAAAUCAAUGUGGAGGUUAGAUCGAAGCUUUGGUCGUGACAAUGUCGAAGAUAUCAGAGAGUAAAUCAACACUUUCUCAUCAUGGUACUGCAUAUGAUGAGGAUUUGGACAAUGAUGAAAUCGUGAACAUAAAAGGCUUUUGGAUUUUCCGAUCAAAGUUAGGUCUAGCGAAACGAGUCUUUGAGAAACAUCCAGAGACGACAACAAAAUUUUGUCUAAAGAGUGAAUUUGCCAAGGAAACUUACUUGACUGCCCUACUAGACCUCAUUGACAUGAUAAACAUGUUACCUCAGCAAUCUCUCUUCGAAGCCGAACUAAAAGAAGCAGAAAACACAAUUUUGGACCUUGAAGCUGCCGGUUUCAAGUUGGAUUGGUUGAAAAGGAAGCUUGAGGAGAUUCGUGUUACUAAGAAGAAAGCGAAGAACCGCACGACUCGGAUGAGAGAACUAGACCGAAAGAUUCAGAAGCAUUUGGAGGAGUUGUCGGUCCUUCAAGAAGAAAUGAAGAAGGAGCAGUUUGAGGCUAUGUGUGACAAACCUGAAUAUUAUUUAGACUCACUUUGUUUGAAUGAAGUCACAUGUGACUCUAGUGAACCAAUUACCAAAUAAAUUUGUACACACAAAGGCAAAGAGUUUAUUGCUUUUACGCCUCACUUGUUUCAGAAGAUUCCAUUAGGUUAAAAGGGUUUUUGUAUUUCUCUCGGCUUCUAUAAAGAGAGGGCUUACAUAUAUACAAGUAUCAAAGAAGUUUCUGAAAUCCAGUUGUAUUGUCUU